UUGGAGGAAGAAUUGGAAAACUCAAAACUGGAAAUGGCGGAAGUUAAACCGAAGGAAAAUGAAAGUGUAGUAAAUAAGGCAGUUCAUUUUAGUGAAAUGAAAGACGAAAAGAGCAACAAUAUUAUCAAGGUCGAAAAUAAAGUAGGGGACAAUGAUGAUAACGAAUCAAUCGAAGAAACUCUUGAUAUUGGUGAACAUUACUUGGUCAGAAGAUCCGAUGGUUCUUGGCAUCCUGCCGAAGUCAUCCAGACGAGGUUUAUUGAGUCUGACGGGCACCAUGAGUACUACGUCCACUAUGAGGGGUUCAAUAGGCGCCUGGAUGAGUGGGUGCAGCGUGAAAGGAUUAUGAGUUCUCGGUUUGACUUGUCAGAACAGCAGUGGAACAGCACAGAAAAAGCUUUGUCUGGUGAGUCAACUGACAAAUCGAACAGAAAAAUAACAAGAAAUCAAAAACGCAGACAUGAUGAAAUUAAUCAUGUUCAGAAGACUUAUGCAGAAAUGGAUCCAACAACAGCAGCUUUGGAGAAGGAACAUGAGGCCAUAACGAAGGUGAAGUACAUUGACAAAAUCCAAAUAGGUCGCUAUGAGAUUGACACUUGGUACUUCAGUCCCUACCCUGAAGAGUAUGGCAAGCAGUCAAAACUUUGGAUCUGUGAAUACUGUUUGAAGUACAUGCGCCUGGAAAAAACCUACAGAUAUCACCAAAGUGAGUGUACAUGGCGGCAGCCCCGCGGCAAGGAAAUUUACCGCAAAGGCACGCUGUCAAUCUGGGAAGUUGAUGGCAAAGACCAUAAAGUGUACACCCAGAACCUGUGCCUGCUUGCAAAACUGUUCCUGGACCACAAAACACUUUACUUUGACGUUGAACCAUUCCUUUUCUACAUCUUGUGCGAAGUUGACAAACAUGGUGCUCACCUUGUGGGCUACUUUUCAAAGGAGAAGGAGUCGCCCGACGGCAACAACGUGGCUUGCAUCCUGACGCUGCCGCCCUACCAGAGGCAGGGCUACGGGAAGCUGCUGAUCGCGUUCAGCUACGAGCUGUCCAAGAUGGAGGCCGCCGUCGGCAGCCCCGAGAAGCCCCUGUCCGACCUGGGCAAGCUGAGCUACCGCUCGUACUGGUCCUGGGUGCUGCUGGAGAUCCUGCGCGACUUCAGGGGCACUCUCUCCAUCAAGGACCUCUGUGAAGUGACGAGCAUCGCGCAGACGGACAUAAUUUCCACCCUGCAGUCCAUGAACAUGGUGAAGUACUGGAAAGGUCAGCACGUCAUCUGCGUCACGCCCAAGCUGGUGGAGGAGCACAUAAAGUCCUCGCAGUUCAAAAGGCCAAGGCUGAUUGUGGACACGUCGUGUCUUCGGUGGUGCCCUCCGAAGAAAGUCCAAGCCAAAGCUGGGAAGAAGUAAUAACCUUGUAUAGGUUUUUCAUUAUUCAUCAUAUUGAGAUACUAAUUACUAAUUUUGUAAUUAAAGAAGUUUUCCUCAUCAUUUUAAGGAGAAGGAUGCCCUUUGUAAAGUGUAUUUUUGUGAGUUCAUAAAUCUCUACAUUCAUGUUACUUCAGUAUGUCAAGUUUUAGUUUAAUUAUAAGUUCCUAGUUA